AUGCUGGAAUUGCAGCUGACUUCCGGUGAGAGUGAAACCUUCUUCCAUCUGACCGUUACCGGUCAGCUCGAGUCUGCCUGCUUCCCGAUGGGUCCGGAUGGAAGCGGACUGUUCUGUCGGUACGAUAUUGUCGCCGGUCCGGAUUGGGAGCUCGUGUCCGGUCUUCGAUCGGCCGUUACCCAAAGUGCACGGACCGAAACCGAUUACCGCACGGUGGUGUUUAACAUGCCGAUUGAGUUUACCAUGAAAACCACCAACCCGUACGGUUGGCCGCAGAUUGUUUUCAGCCUGUACGGGGCGAACAUAUGGAACGUGGAAACGAAUCGAGGAUAUGCGCGGGUGCACUGUCCGCUCAGCGGUGGCAGCGGCUCGUCGGCGGAGCGUACCAUACGGGCGCCACUCUUUAUCCCGAAGUACUCCAACAUGUGCUCGGCGGCGAUGAGCUGGAUCAGUGGCGUGAAUCCGGAAAUGCGCGACCCCAAGAUAUUGACCGACGGCUCCAAACACAAGGGGCUCGCGUGCGAAACCUACGGUGAGCUGGUGAUACGACUGCAGACCAUUUCGCGCGGUACCAGCCAGAUGGCGCUCGACUGGGGCCAAACGACCGUGGACGACCGGUAUUGA